CAGUUAUACUGCACUCUGACUGCAAUCUUUUUUCUUAAAACUUUUGGAAGAGGUAAUGAAGACAAAUUAGGACUAUGUCUGUUUGUGGGAGCAGGAUUCCACACCAAGGAGAAAAGUGAAGGAUUAAGAAUGAGGCAUGUAUGAAUUAGAGAAACGAUAUGUUAUUAAUGUUGUUACUAUUCCUUAGGAAAUGUAUUAUGGCAUGUUCAUGCUCCAUAGAAAAAUGAAGCGCGCAUCCGUCCCACUGGCGGGGGUGUGGUUUCCACCGAUACAACUACUAUGGUUGAGGUACUCCUCCCUCAAUGUAUUGAUGAGCAUACUAUUGUACAUUUGUUGAAGGAUAGGCUAGGCUACUGUUCAUUGCUUGGACAGCAUUUGAAUUUCCAGGAGUUGUUUAGAUCGAACACUCAGAGUUUUGUUGAUUAGGACUCCAGUAAAGUGUUGUGUCUUUUGAAGAUCUGUAAUUCGUGCAGAAAUUAUGGAGUAACUGCAAUUGUUCCCAACCGUGCAACCUCCGGAUUUAGGCUACCGUGGGUUUAAAACGGAUGAGUUGGAGACACAGAGAGAGAUAGAGAGAGCAAGCGAGUGAGCAGCUGUUUGUGUGAGUGUGAGAGCGGUGCUGAGUUCUGAAGAGCUCACACAACAGGACAGAGCCCAGCUAGCGCUGCUGAGACGGACUAUGCAGAAUAGUGUCUGAGUUUGUCCUGAGGAUAGACACCAAGUGAUCAGAAUGGGAAACACUGACAGCCAGUACAGCAACUUCAACGUCCCUGGGAAACCCAAACCCUGCUCUCUAAAGUUCCACUCCAUUAAGGAGGAGGUCCUGUCCCCCAAUAGCUGGUGGAGGGGCAGCGAGGGGGGCGGCCAGGAGUACAAAACCAGAGGCAUGGGAGGGAGGGUCUGCCUGCCCCAGCAGAAGAUCACUCACAACCAGCCUUAUGGCUUGUCGCAACACUACGAGCACCACAUCACCAAGGAGGGCAGGGGACUGAGAGGGCCCCCAGGAGCCAAGCUGAAGUCCAGCUCUCCGCAGUGUUGUGGCAGAGGGGACAGCUCCCAAGUGACCAGGAAAAGCAGUGGUCAUAACGGCGGUGGUUUCCUGGAGAGUAGCGGGGAGAAUGUGAACGGUCUCGGUGCUAACGGGCAGCGCACCCCUGAGAUGACUUCUCUGUGUGAGCCAAUAGAGAGCCGCAGCAGCCCCAAGGUGCUCCUCAGUAAUAACGGCAGCAUGCGUGUGGAGUUCACCAAUGCCAGGAGGAUGUCUCUGGAGGCCCAGGGUCUGUCAGGCCACAGCCACAAUGCAGUAGCAGCCCCAGAGCCCUCUCUGACUAGGACCAGUAAGGGUAGCUCGCUCAGCUCCGAGGGCUCCUGGUACGACUCUCCUUGGGGGAACACCACAGAGCUCAACAAUAAUGUGUUCACAUGUAGUCAGACCACAACGAGGGACAACAGUAGUGGCUACACCACCUACUCCUCCACACGCACUGAGGAGACGGGCUGCGACUACAACACCUUCUCAUCCGCCCGUAUUGAGGACAUGUCCCCGGGGUUCAACCCCAACCUCCUCUUCCAGACCAUGGAUAGUAAUGGACAAUAUGCAAGCCGAGGGUUUAACAGCAACGGGUAUAACUCUUGCUCUUUGGGCCGCACUGAGGACAGUGGCAUCGGAGAUUCUAUGAUUCUCUACCCGGAGCAGAGUCAGUUUAGCCUCAUCUCCCCUCCCGUGUCCCUAUCUGACCUCAGCAUGGUGGCUACAUACCCCACCCCUCACUUCCAGGACAUCCCCCAGCGCCGGGCGUCGCUGGCCUCGGUGCUGACCCUGGACGUGGGCGACCAGGAGGAGAGCUCAGAGUUGGGCGACCAGUGCUACUCCUCCGCUCACAGUCACACGCUGCCCUGCAGGAGGGUCGCCACCGAGCCUACCGCCAUCGUCGUCAGCAACAGCAGGAAGGACAACCUGAAGAGCCGAAUCCGGCGCCUCGGCGACUGGACAGGAAGUCUAAGCAGGAAGAAGAGAAGACUACAGGAGCCUUAUGGCAGUGAGGCCAGUGAAGGCUUUAUCAUUGGAGUGGAUCCUGGCUUAGGUGACUCCAGCUCCCAGGUAACUGGUCCAGUAUGGAACUCCCUCCACACCCAGACCCUGUCAGUCCGCUCUGGGGCCUCCAGGGGCCAACAGAGCCACAGUGACGCCUUGCGGCAGAACAUCUAUGAGAAUUUCAUGCAGGAGCUGGAGACAGGAGGCAACAGCGGGACGGAGCGGACCGAGCCCUCGGAGGAUGGAGAGGGGGAGGACAUGGGAAGAGCAAGGGGAAUAGGAGUGGGGGAACAGGGAGAGAGUAGUGGCAGUGGCUCCCUGGGCUCUCUGGAACAGCUGGAUCUGCUGUUUGAGAAGGAGCAGGGGGUGGUACGCAGGGCCGGCUGGCUCUCCAUCAAACCCCUCCUCACCCUGCAUAAGGACAGGAAGCUGGAGCUCGUGGCCCGCAGGAAGUGGCGGCAGUACUGGGUCACGCUCAAAGGGUGUACCCUCCUGUUCUAUGAGACCUAUGGGAAAAGUAGCUGUCCCGAGCAGGAGCUGUCCCCGUGCUACACCCUGCUUGCUGAGGACAGCAUAGUCCAGGCGAUCCCUGAACACCCCAAGAAGGAGAACGUCUUCUGCCUGAGCAACGGCUACGGAGAUGUCUAUCUGUUGCAGGCUGCUAAUCAGACAGACCUGGAGAACUGGGUGACAGCCAUCCACUCUGCCAGCGCCUCUCUGCUGGCUAAGAGACAGGGGAAGGAGGACACAGUGCGGUUACUGAGGAGCCAGACUGGCGCCCUGCUGCAGAAGAUAGACAUGGACAGCAAGAUGAAGAAGAUGGCUGAGUUGCAGCUGUCUGUCAUCAGUGACCAGAGGAACAGGAAGGCCAUCAAGAGCCAGAUCCAGCAAUGGGAGCAAAACCUGGAGAAGUUCAACAUCGACCUGUUCCGGAUGCGCUGUUACCUGGCCAGCCUGCAGGGCAGUGAGCUCCCCAACCCUAAGAGUCUCCUGGCCGUGGCCGGACGGCCCUCCAAAACCACCCUGGGACGCCUGGGGAUCUUCUCUGUCUCCUCCUUUCAUGCCCUGAUCUGCACCCGUGACGAGGCGACCCUGCGGAGGCGUUGCCAAUCUCUUUCCCGGGGGACACGGAACAAGAGGGGUAUCUUCUCUUCCCUCAAGGGUCUGGACAGCCUGACCAAACGCAGCAAGGAGAAGAGGCAGUCCAUGUCCCAGGUUGUUGAAGGACAAAGUGUUGGAGUGCCUGCUGGCCAUGUCCUCAACCACAGCAGGUCUGAGAGAUUGGACGCUCUUGCCAAAAUGCAGUUCAUAGCACCACCUAAAGGCAACCCUUGGUUCAGCAGUUUGGAACCUCCAGUCUGUGUGAAUAUGCCCGAAAGCCAAACAGUUACUCUGCACAUCAAACCCGAUUUCCUCGUAUCAGAUGUGCUAUCUUUGGCCUGUAAGGACAGGCACCUGGACCCGAGCCAGCACUGCCUGCGUGUGAGAAGGCUGGUGGGUCAGGACACAGAGACCAGCUCCCCAGCACUCACAGAUCCACUACGAGACCUGGUGUAUGAUGAGCUAGAGGUCUUCCCGCUCAAUGUUUUCACCAUACAACUGUCCCGCCCAGACACAGCAGUGGACUUUGGCUUUGCUGUGACGGGCCAUGUAGACGGAACCAGGAAAAGCCAUAUCUAUGUGAGUGAGGUCACUCCAGAGGGACUGGCUUUCACUGAAGGUCUGAGAGCGGGGGAUGAGAUCCUGUUUCUGAAUGGGACCAGUGUGUCCUCCCUGGACAUGGGUCUGACGCACCUGUUGUUCAGCCACCAGACCCUCCAUCUGUUGCUCAGACGAGAGGACACGACCACUGAGGACCAUACCUCUGUCUGGUCAGACUGUGGCCCCUGGCAGCCAGCACCACCGCCACCCAGCCACUGUGGCCCCUGGCCUACAGAUAUGCUACUGCCCCAGGAGCUUCCAGAAUGCUCUGUAACGUCUCCCUUUCAGGAGCUGUCACAACAACCACAACCCGCUGAUGGGACGGAGCAGCUCAGCCAGAAUAUUGAGACGGUGCGCUUGCUGAACCAGACCUUCUCAGAGGGCCGUGGGGCAGCGGGGGCAGUGGUGGUGGAGGGCCAGAGGAACCCCUACUCCAUGGAGCCCCCCGUUCCCCAGACCCUGAAGCCCCCCUGCCCCAGACACAUGUCCAUCUCUGAAAGGCUCUGUAAGGUCAUACAGGAAUUGGUGGACACAGAGAAGUCCUACGUCAAGGACCUGGGCUCUCUGUUUGACAUCUACCUAACGCCUCUACAGAGUGAGACCUUCCUCAGCCACGAUGAGAUGGAGUCUCUGUUUGGCAGUCUGCCUGAGAUGCUGGACUUCCAGAGAGUGUUCCUACACACCCUGGAGGAGCGCAUCGCCUCCUCCCCCAACUUCAGCUCCCUGGAGACCCCGGAACAAUUCAAGAAACUUCUUCUCUCGCUGGGGGGCUCCUUUCUCUACUACGCCGACCACUUCAAGCUCUACAGCGGCUUCUGUGCCAACCACAUCAAAGUCCAAAAGGUUCUGGAACGAGCGAAGACAGACCGGGCCUUCAAGCAGUUCCUGGAGGCGAGAAACCCCACCAAGCAGCACUCAUCCACCCUGGAGUCCUACCUCAUUAAGCCAGUCCAGAGGGUGCUCAAGUACCCCCUGCUGCUCAGACAGCUGGUCUCCCUGACCGACUCAGAGAGCGAGGAGCACAGCCACCUCACAGAGGCUCUGAGAGCCAUGGAGAAGGUGGCCAGUCACAUCAAUGAGAUGCAGAAGAUCUACGAGGACUACGGAACUGUGUUUGACCAGCUGGUGGCAGAGCAGAGUGGCCCUGAGAAAGAGGUUACAGAGAUCUCCAUGGGAGAGUUCCUCAUCCACUCCUCAUUAAAAUGGCUCAACCCUCUCCCCUCCCUGGGUCGCAUGAGGAAACAUCCUGAGCUAAUGCUGUUUGUUUUCAAGAGAGCGGUGAUCCUGGUGUACCGUGAGCGCAGCAAGAUGAGAAAGAGGAUGACCACGUCACGCUCAGGGGACCUGGAGGCCUUCAAGUUCCGCUGGCUCGUCCCGGUGUCGGCGGUGCAGGUCCGCCUGGGGAACGCAGCAGGAACGGAGAGCCCAUGUAUCUGGGAGCUGGUCCAUACCAAGUCUCAGGUGGAGGGGAGACCAGAGACCGUGUUCCAGCUCUGUAGCAGUGGUUUGGAGAAUAAGGCCAGUGUAGUGAAAGCUCUUCGCUCCCUUCGAGACCGGACCUGUAGGCCCCUCCUAUCAGAGAGAGGUUCUAGAGAGUACCUAGGCUCCCUCCAUAGGACCCAGCCUGCACCGGUCAGAGCCGGCUCCUGGAGAAGACAACAGGAACUGCAGGCCAUGAGGACUGCAGGCCACCAGCACCACUCUGACGACGGCAGUGUGUCCAGUGGUGCAACCCAACCCUGCCCGGGAGACACCCACUCGGAGCCCCAGCUUCACAGCCGCUCCACCAUGGGCCUCCCCAGCCUGGAGGGCGCCACGCUGGGCAAGAGGGCCCGGCUGUGCUCCCUGACCAGCGCCCUGGAGGCCCAGCUCCAGAGACUCAACUUCACAGAGGAGGCCGGGCCGAGGAGUGCUGCGUCCCAGCAGGAGCACCUCAGACCGGGGCCCCACCAGCCCCAUCCUGCUGCCCAGAGGAGGGCUAGCAGUCUGCAGGGUCCAGGAGGGCAGGAUAAUGACCCCCAGUGUGUGGACCUUAAUGCCCUGCUGGGGAGGGACUUCAGUGUGCAGAGCCUGACCUCUGUGGUCAAUGAGAACUGCUUCUAUGACACAGUUAUGGGGAUCCAGAAGGCGGCCAUUCCAACACUAUAGGGGCCCUAGAAGUUGCCCCUAGACGCUGGUCUUGGGUCAGUUUUCCCCACUAAUGGUUAACAAUAGGAUUGGGGGACAGCUGAUCCUAGAUCUGUACCAAGGGAAACUUCACCCGGAGAGCUGAUGAACACUAUAGAAGGUACACUCCUGUACCUGUCUCGACCCUAAUCACACUGACUACAUUAGUGCCUGGUCAAGGUACUAUGGACUAGAAGAUGAAUCUCCUUAAUGUGUUUACUCUGACUGGUGAGUAGGCUACGACUGAAGACCUGAGCUCUGAUCACAGUUACUUGACUUUAUCCUUUUAUCUCCUAGUGGAGCAAAGGCCUCAAGAUCACACUGUGACAGUAUAUACAGUGCAUUUGGAAAGUAUUCAGACACCUUUGCUUUUUCCAUAUUUUGUUAAGUUACAGCCUUAUUCUAAAAAAUAUUUUCCCUUCAUCAAUCUACACACAAUACCCCACAAUGAC